GAGAGAGGGAGAGGGAGAGGUGCAGGGCCACCUCAGAUCACUCCUCUGUGCAGUUGGAGGUAGACUGUAGCCAGCAGCAUGAUUCUACUCACACUUGCACUAUAUUUCCCACUCCUCUGCUAUGUGUCAUCAUUCUCCUACGUGGAUAACAUUUUUCCUGUACCAACAGAUUUCCAGUUGCUGGAAACCAGAAAGAAAUUCAACCCCUGCUGUUUACUGAGUCCACCUCCGCCCCCUCUCUUCCCCCCACCCCCUUCACUGUGGCGGUGGAUGCCUCGGAAUGAAAAUGGCAUUAAACCAAAUGAAGGGAACUCAGAAGAAAAGUACAAUCCUACAAGCCACACAUGUUCCCCGGGGCCCCCAGGAACAGCAGGACCUCCUGGCCCUCCAGGUCCUCCUGGACUGCCGGGACCAAAGGGACCAAAGGGAGAUAAGGGUGAAAUUGGAAGACCUGGACAAAAGGGACGCACUGGCCCUCCUGGUCUCCCAGGGCGACAGGGACCAAGUGGAUGGCAAGGACCAGCUGGACCCAAAGGAGAGAAAGGUGACCCUGGGCUGAUGGGCAUGCCCGGGGCAAGAGGACCAAUUGGACCCAAGGGGCUACCUGGAUAUAAGGGUGAAAAAGGCUCACAAGGUUUCAGAGGGGAAAUUGGCUUAAAAGGUGACAGGGGAUCAAUGGGUCUUCCUGGAAUGCUUGGCCAGAAGGGUGAAAUGGGCCCAAAAGGAGAACCCGGAAGCUCAGGGAACAGAGGACCCACCGGCCGCCCAGGAAAAAGAGGAAAGCAGGGUUCAAAAGGUGACAAUGGUGCAGUUGGGCCCAUGGGACCUCCAGGGCCUCACGGGCCCCCUGGUCACCCUGGCCCUCCUGGAUUGCCCGCUUCAGGACUGUACAUGGUAGGACAGAAAGGGGAGAAGGGACAACCUGGCAGCCCAGGACGUUGCAGCUGCAAUGUCGCCUCGAGUGCCAACAACCCCUCCACUGACCACCACUUGCUCUGGGGCAGCUAUCCUAGAGUGCCAGCGAUAUUUGUGGUGAAUAAUGAACAGGAGCUGAACCGUCUCCAGACUGAUAACGCUCUGGCGUUCCGUAAAGAUCAGAGGUCACUUUACUUCAAAGACAUUGAUGGCUGGAUGCCAAUUCAGUUAACCCCCUUUCAGUCGAUGGAGCGUGAUCCUGACCAGGAGGGUUUCUGCGGAGACAGCGUCGUGCAAGUUGAGAACGGAGAGGAGUGUGAUGAUGGAAAUAAGGUGGUCACAGAUGGCUGUGUCAAGUGCAAACUUGCAUAUUGUGGAGAUGGGUAUCGCUAUGAAGACGCAGAGGAGUGUGAUGGGAAGGAUUUUGGCUUUCACACUUGCAGAUCAUUUUUGCCUGGAUCUUAUGGACAUCUCAAGUGCACAUCUGACUGUUUCAUUGACUCAACAAACUGCAAAUAUUUUACAUGAAGACACAAAAAGUAGUGUCACUUUUCAACUGGCAACUCACGAGAUCCAUAUUAAUGACAACACUGAAAACCAUAGAUUCAGCAGACGAACUGAGAGUACAUUAUCAACAGAAUCAUCACUAGCAUAUUAUCUGAACACCUUUGUUGCCACGUUUCUCACUUGAGAAAAGAACGCUCAGCAAAGUCAUGGUUCUCACACAGGACCUCUCGCUUGCGGUCUUAAGAACUCUAACAGGACUUCAGACAUCUUUCUCCAUUUAUUCAGCCUCUGCUACCUGGUGCUUGGCCCAGAAUCCAAAUCUGGCCACCAUGGUUUGCAGCACUAAGAGGAAACUGGAGAGUUGCAUGUCUCUGGGAAGUAAAGGACUCCUCAUUACCUCAGCGUAGUACUGUUUCCAUUUUCUCCUGGUCCAUCACAUCUUCCCUCACACAGGGUGCUCUGUAUGAAUGCAAUGUGAUGUUUUUACUUUAAUACUUUGCAUGGGGCUGAAUUUGCUGUAGCUGUGUCAGCAGAACUCAUUACCAAGACAUUGACAUGGUCAAGACAAGAUUGCGCAUGUUUUCAUUAAUUAAGCCAAACUGGUGCCAAAGAAAAUGGUUGGUUAUGGAACUCUUGCUGGUUAAGCUAAUUAUGAAGCCUGCUGGGGACCAACAUGCUGGUCCAUCAGCAGGGACAGUAUUUGGACUAGAUUAACGCUGAUAUACUUUAAGGUUAUAUCUGUGACAGUACAGUUGAGCAGGCUCCAGUUUUUUAACACAAACAAUACUACUGUAUAUUAAAGUUGCUUAAAAGAAUGUUCCGGGUUCAAUACAAGUUAAGCACAGCAUUUGUGGCAUAUUGUUGAUUACCACAAAACAAUUUCAACCUGUGUAUUUAAACAUUUUAAUUCAUUUAUUAAAAAAAAGAAGCAAAAAUCUGGGUUACAGUGAGGCACUUACAAUGGAAGUGAAUGAGGCCAGUCCAUAAACACUAAAAUGCACACAGUUUCAAAAGUAUCGCCACAAGACAUAAACAUUAUCCAUGCUAACAUGAUUUAAGUGUAAUAAAAUCACUUACUAACCUUAUCUAUGUAAUGUUGUAUCCAAUAUUACAACUUUGUUGUCAUGACAAUGUAACAACGAUAAACCCUGUAAUCUGGUAAAGAUGAUCACAUUAAAAUCAUGGUAACACAUAUAAUGUUUAUGUCAUGUGGAUGUACACUUACUGAGCAUUUUAUUACAAACACCUUUACACCUACUUAUUCAUGCGAUUAUCUAAUCAGCCAAUCGUUUGGCAGCAGUGCAAAGCAUAAAACCAUGCAUAUAUGGGUCAGGAGCUUCAGUUAAUGUUCACAUCAACCAUCAGAAUGAGAAAAAAUGUGAUCUCACUGAUUUAGACUGUGGCAUGAUUGUUGGUGCCAGACGGGCUGGUUUGAGUAUUUCUGUAACUGCUGAUCUCCUGGGAUUUUCACACACAACAGUCUCUAGAGUUUACUCAGAAUGGUGCCAAAAAUAAAAAACAUCCAGUGAGCAGCAGUUCUGUGGACAGAAACACCUUGUUGAUGAGAGAGGUCAAUGGAGAAUGGCCAGACUGGUUUGAGCUGACAGAAAGGCUACAGUAACUCAGAUAACCACUCUGUACAAUUGUAGUGAGCAGAAUAGCAUCUCAGAAUGCACAACACGUCGAACCUUGAGGUGGAUGGGCUACAACAGUAGACGACAACGUUGGGCACUUUAUUAGGACCAUAGUUUUCCUAAUAAAGUUCUUAGUGAGUGUACUUUCAAAACAGUAUCUAUUUUAAUGUUUUUUCACUGGCCCCAUUCACUUCCAUUGUAAUUGCCUUACUGUAACCAUGCCUUUUGCUUUUCUUUUAAAUAAACGAGGGACGAGUCUAAUUGUUUUUUGUGUUAAUCAACAUUAUGCAACAAAUGCUGUCGAUUGUGCUUAACAUGUAUUGGACUAUUGAAACACUGUAAGACCCUCCUCUCCAGGUACUCAGUGGGGGCACUUUUGCAGUUAUCUUGCAGAAGACAUAGUGUACCAUUUCCAUUCAUAUCUCAGGAAACCACUUAAAGAUAAGCCAGAACCUCUCCACCUCCAUGUGUGGAAUGGGGUGCACAUAUUCCACAAUUUAGCCUUGUUCAACGCUUUUCUCGUAAUUUAAGGGCAUGCUUGUAGUGUUGAAGCAAACCCGAUUUAUUUGUUUGGGUUAUGGGUCUACAGAUCUUCAAUUAAGGGGAAAAAAACAAAACAUGUGAAGGCUCUAAAGCUGUUAUUGAAAUAUUUGUACUGUAUGCUAUUGCAGAGGUAGCAUUUUGCUGCUAUUCAGGCUAAAGACUGUUUGAUUAAGGCUGGACUGUUUAUGCUGUCAUUGAUGUCUAAAGGCUUUAAAUAGAUUUAUACCCAUUGUCAAAGUCCAGUCUGAAUGUACCUCAGCAUAUACAGCAUGCUUUAGCCUUUUGUGACUACAGGACCUGAGGUGUAGCAUCCAGCAUACAGCACUUACUUAACUGUUAUAUUCAAUGAUAGCUAUAGCUUAAGUAUCUGUGAUUUACAAGACUUUUUUGAUCAACUCAAAGCCAGUUUUCCAUAAGCUAUGUGGUGCAUUUGCUACAGAAACCUCUUUGCUUACCUUUCUUGGGGUGAUAUUCCUGACGUAUCUUUAGAUUUUAUGUAAAAUAUUAUAUGGAAAUGAAAAUAAUAUGGAAUUAAGUGUCUUGAUUACUUUGGUGCAACUGCAUGUUCAUAUUAUUGUAUACUCUUGUUAAAAAGAGCAGAACUGCCACAUUUCAUGCCUUAUAACAGGAUGAGUUUCACUAAAAGACUGUAAAGUAAAUUGCAUUUAGCUUGUAACUCACUGUUAUCCUCACACUUGUACAAACUGAGAAGAAACAAUGCUAACAUCAAAUAUUACACAAACAAAUAGAAAAAAGAAUGAAUGUUUUGUCCUAGUGUACUGUAAAGGCUCGUUCGUAUUAAACCAUGUUUGAUACUGUCCUGUGACUAUGUUAAAAUAAAG